AUGGCUGUCUGUAAUCUGCAAUGUGAGGGACUGACUGGAUCAAGUGGUACACCUGAUUUAGCUCAGAGGAAGCUCUUUAUUGGUGGUUUGUCACCAGACGUCUCUAGUGAGAUGCUGCUAGUUUUUUUGGAAAAUAUGGUGAUAUUGAAGAGGGUUCUUGGGUUUGGAUUUGUAACUUAUAAGACAUCUGAGGCUGCUAAAAGAGCCCUCGAGGAUCCACAAAAGCUACCUGGGGGAUGGAGCAUAAUUGUCAAAUUUGCAGAUUCACAUGGACGCAAAACAGCACAGCCACAGCUACCUCCUACAAUGGUUCCAAUGGGUGCACUAAUGGCAGCAGGAUAUCCUCAGUCUGGAAAAGCUUAUCCUAGCCCUGAUCCUGCUGGAUAUCCUUAUUCUCAAGCUGCACCAGCUUACCCAGGUGACACUUACCCUAGCCCUCCUGUGGCACCUAUGCCAUAUGCAGUACAGCCUCAAAUGACUUACCCUAACUUGCUGGGGAGAAAGACCAGCUUGGCGUACAAAUGA